AUGUGGAAUAUUGCCCUGUUGAUACUUUUUGCAAUUCAGAAUGCAUCGGCAUUCAAUUGCAGACUGACCAUGAAAGAACCAAAAGGUGUCAUUGCCACCCCGAAUUUUCCUGACCCUUAUCCAGUGCCCAUCAAUUGCCAAUGGGUGAUUGAAGCCCCAACGGAGAAGGUGAUUGUCAUCUACUUUACCCAGCUUUACAUGCGAGAAGGUCUGAAAGUCACAGAAUAUGCCUUCUACUCCCAAAAUGUGAUGAUGGGAAAGCAUGAAUUUGGGACUAUCAGUUCCGACCGUGAACCGACUUAUCUGGUCAGUAACAAACCCGUCCUGGUUUUAGAGUUUGCUGUUCGUGAACCUGCAAACAUUCACAUGCGCGUGCGAGACUACCUGUUGGAUGUCUUCGGAUUCAAUAUCACUUACGAGUUUCUGUCUAGGAAUGAGAGUGUUCGCAAGGAUCCUUGUAUUGACCAUCACUGUUCCUUUACUGGUAACUGCUACGCAACUGCAGAGUAUGAUAAGUAUUAUUGCAGUUGUUUCUCAAAAUACUUUGGAGAUGAGUGUCAAUAUGAUAGUGACUGCGGACCCACGGCAAGUAGGAACAUGUGUCAAAACGGCGGAACAUGCAGGUAUUAUAUUGGAUCAACGGUAAGGACAUGCGAGUGUCCUCCAGGAUAUGAUGGUGCUAAAUGCGAAACGAAAAAAAUACCAGUUGAAAUAGAAAAUGAUUGCGCAGGUCCCUCUUGCAACGUGACAUGCCUUGAGAAAUCAGCUGAUGGUGAUAACAUCUGCCGUGCCGAGGAAAGAAGAAUGCGUUUUGUUAUUUCGCUGAAACUGACAAACCCAAAAGUAAACACUUUUAUAUUGGAUAGAAAGAAAAUGGAAUCAUUCAAGAAAGAAAUGGAACAUUCGCUUUCCCUUAUGUUUAAAGGGCGAUUAGAAGUCAUGGAAAAUAUCACCGUCAUAGAUGUGAGACAAAAUUCCAUCAUGACAUUCCAUCUCUUGGCAAAAAAGGACGAUGCAGAGGAGCUCAAGUCCUCAAUUGAACAAAUGUUAGAACUUGGAAAAUUGGGAAGUUUUGAUUUUGACCACAAGUAUCAGGAUAUUUAUUUUGAACCAGCUCUUCAUAUUGGUCAGAUAGAGGCGAGUGAACAUAUGCCUGUGGCAGAGGGAACGGAACUCACCUUAGCCUGCAUGGUCCAGGGUUCCCGAGACCUCAAAGUGGAAUGGUUCCGAGACGGACAGCCGGUGCACACACACGACGCUGAACGCAGCAUGUGGAAGGCAAUAGUUCCAAAGAACUCGCAAGAAGAAUAUACGGCUCUCCUAGGGUUUGACAGAGUAGUCAGCUUGGACUCGGGCACGUUCACCUGCCAAGCAACAGACUUUGGCUUCAUCCGCAAUCGUAGCAUCUACGUUUAUGUGCAAUCAGCACCAGUUCCUCAAUUGACACCUAUGACUGCCACAGUUCCAGUAGGGUCGCCAUUGGUCAUCACUUGCUUGAGUCGAGAUGAUGUGUAUGGUGAUUUUGGUUACACUUGGUUAAAAAAUGGUCGUGUCCUCAACCCCAGUGCUGAGCCCGAGAUGGCAGAAGAUUUGUUUCCGGCAGGUAGCAGAAUUUUACUGGCAGAGGCCACAACGUCUGCUGUUUACUCCUGUAUCAUCACAAGUUCUGCAGGAUCGACAAGAAAAGAUAGUGUCAUUACUGUUGUUGAUAGAGAGCGUUCGUUACCAUGCUGUCAACCAGAUGACUAUUUGAAAGUUCGUUGGACGUUAACAGCUGCUAAUACUGAAAAUAUACAGCAAUGUCCAACUGGAUACACAGGAGAUGUUGUUCGAAAAUGCAGUUCAAACGUGAAUUCCUAUGGAGCAGUAUGGGAAGAACCAGAUUUCUCAGGGUGUUUUUCCAAUGGUUUUACGACAAUUAAGAAAAAGGUAGAGAGUCUUCGUUUAGGGUACCUUCUGAGUGAUGCAGCAACUCUUCUUUCCCGACUAAAAAGGUACAUAAUGUCGAAGAAGACGAAGCUCCAUUUCUGCGAGGGGGAACCUAUCGUAGAUGUUUUAGAAGAAAUCCAGGGUAUCAAACACGGAGAGAGGAAAAACCAAGAUUCGUGGCCUACUUUCUUGGACAUAGCCUCUGUUCUGUUAGAAUCGUCUAUAUUCAUUAGAAAACAUUCAAAACUGAUUAAACUUCAUGAGCUUAUCUUCAAGUAUGGGGUUCAAUAUAUUGAACAUUCUAAUGAUGUUAGCUUUGAACUUUUUGAAAGAAAAGUAUUAGAUCUACUGGUGCUUCAAACUCAUCAAUCUCAGAGUGUUCAAGAUCAGUGGAAGAAUUACCAUGCUGCAAAUGUCGCAAUUGCAAGAAGCCAUACCCCAUACCGGGGCCUCCCUGUUGAGUUGGGUAAAGUGCCUGGAGACCUUAAACAAAUAUUGAAACUCCCGUCUCAUCGAUUCUCGCCCGUGAGCAAAUUCGCCGAGAGCCCCCCCUUGCAGUACCCAUGGAUGACCAACUCCGUGGAAAUUGAUCUUUCUAGCUUGAGCUUCAAAAACGCCGAAGGAGGAAAUACUUCCGCAUCUAUUGUAGUAGUAUUUUAUAAAAAUUUAUCUUCUCAUUUGCCUCAAAGAUUUUUCACUAAGAAAGGGGUAGCUGAUGUUGAGUAUCAACUCAUCUCUAGUUUAGUGGGUGUCCAAGUAAGAGGAGAUCUUGGGAACGAUAACAUCAGCAUCAGAAUAUUCCUUACGAGCUUCAAUUACACCACCAGUGAUAAAAACGUUGGAUGGAACAUAUCGUGUGCCAUGGCAGAUUUCAGCCGCGGAACAAUAGAGUUCAAUACAAAUGGCUGUUAUCUAGUCUGGAAUGUGGGAAACAACAGUGUCUGCCAAUGUCACAAGUUAGGAACGUAUGCUUUGCUGCUUACACACUAUGCCCUGCCGGAAGAAAUUCACGCUGAAGUGAGUUUUGACGUUGUAGCCGGAUCAGGUGUUGCCAUCUGUGCCUUUUUAGUGCUUAUUACAAUUUCCAUGCUCUUGUCCUUGUGGAGAAAAGUCCGAGGAGCGAUUGUUGCUCUAAAAAUACAAAUCUGUGUUGCCUUACUUGGAGCUUUUGGAUUGUUUUUCUGUGGUCUAGUCAACCCAAUUUCAGAGGAGUUUUUUUCCUACACUGUAUCCUUGAUUCAAUUUUUUCUACUGACUGCCUUUUCUUUACAAUUGUGCCUAACACUUGCGGUAUACAUUGAAAGUGUUGAACUAAAAAAUGUUCAGUAUUCCUUUGUGAAAAUAGCUGCUCUCGGAUGGGCGAUUCCUGUGAUAAUAGUUGGUGCGACCUUAGCAGCGCAAAGUUUAGAAGGAUAUGUUCUUGAAGGAUGGUGGUUAACACUUGGUUCUAAUUUCUUUUAUGCUUAUACAUCAUCUAUAUUAAUUCUCACUAUGUUCCAGGUUUUAUUGUUCCUUAUAGUUAAGACGGAAGUGAAAAGCCAUGGAAAAGUUGCAGAUUUUUUACAAAGUAAAAAAGUACGAGUUGGUAAUAGCAGGAUAAAACUACUUCAUCGAUCACUUUUGCUAACCACUACGCUCUUAUUUAUGUCGAUGGCCAGUAUUUUGUAUGUAAAUUUUCGACACAAAAUAUAUGAAUACAUUUUCGCAUUUUCAUCCGUGAUGGUGGGUCUAGUUGUGUUUCUCAGCUACACAUUCUGUAGUGAAAGGCAUUUUCUACGGUGUUGCAUUCAAGAAAAGCAUGACCAAGCUAAUGAGCAAGAAGACUCCGAAAUUCGGAGCAGAACGGACUCAUUUAAAAGUUUUCUAAAGCCAGAGAUAGUAGAUGAUCCUUACUCCAGAAAGAUGCACAUCGAUGCUGAAAAAAGAGCGGAACGCAUAAAACGAAUGUAUUCCCAAAUUGAGAAAGCUUCUUUGUCGGAUACCUUAAACUCCCGAGGAGAAGCCUCUGUAGAACUUCUAGGCCAACGUCAUUUCCAACAACCCGAAUCUAUGAUGGAGGACGCGCACACCCCCAUUUUCAAACCGUACCAGCAUCCCGGCGUAUCCAAUGGCAGUCCGCACCACAUGGUCCAGGAAGGAGAUGCUUUUUGUGACCCACUGGAGAGAGGCGAUGGAUACCCCAAGAUGCAAUGGAGAUACGCGAACCACCCUCAUAUCAUGUACGGGUCUCCUAGAACCCUUGGGAAGCAUGAAGGUCCGGCGUGUUCCAAAAGGACCCUCCUUCUAGAUUCCGACCAGCAUGGUAACAUUCCAAAAAGCGAGAUUGGGACUUGUAGCCAAUUUCCCUCCAGCUUCUCCGCUUCUUCAACAUUCGAAUCACCUCAGACUGUGAAAGCAGAUGUUAUCGGCAACGGAGGUGGUUUAUCCUCUUACACAGAAGCGUUCAGUUCAGCGGACAACUUUGAUGAUAGUUGCAGCUUGAAAACAUCUUGCUUCUUGCAACACACCGAUUCCCUGGAGACAGUUGUACAUUGUGACGUCAAACCAAAGUCAGAAGCACCUUUAAGGAGUAUUUCUAGAGACGCAAAUACCCCGCGUACUCAGUCAUGGAAUAUGACUACGGUGUGAUGUUUGUUUUUGUCCUUUGAAAGGAAAACUUUUUACUACUGUUCCACGUUUGCUGACACUCUUCCACGUCUCUUCGAGGAACUUCCAGAUAGUGCUCAAGUUUGCACGGCAUUAACAAUGAAAUGCCUAAAUGGAGCUCAGAACAUUUUAGUAUUUUUUUAACGCACCAAGAGUUAAAAUGUUUUUAGGAGCUUUUUCAUACCAACUUGAUUAAAAAGUCAAGAAAUAGAAAUGGUGGUCUUUUAAAAGAUAAUUUUGAAUAUUGAAUAUUACCUAAAUUACUCUAUUAUUAUUUCUACUCCUUUUUAAACAUAAUAUGAGCCAGCAAUCUAAAACAGAGAAAAUUGAAAGAAACUAAAACCUCACUUUUAAUCAAUGAAUUUCAACACUUUAAUGAAGAUUUCAUAAAAAAUAUUAAAUUUUCUGGUACUUAAAAAGUUUUCUAGAACAAAGAAACUCAUUCACUAGUUCGGUGGAACCGACAACGGUCCGCAUAAAAAUUUGACCGAUCAUCGAAGUCCACAUAAAAAAAGUUUUUAUUCAGAUAACAUGUAGUAGAUUACAGGUAGUAUUUUUAACGUUGAUUUUGCGAUUACUUUUUGAAAUUUCUUGUGGUUUUUCUUAUAGGUUUACCAACUUUGCUCUUUAACGAUAAAGUGAAAAUUGGAGCAAUAUAUUGAAUAGUAAGGCUAACUUAUCACUUACUCUCCGAAUAGACAAAUUUAAUGAAUGAAAAAUAGUAGUAAUGCUUAAUUAAUGAUAAGAUUUCAAGUUUAAUAACGUUGAACCUAUACGAUUGCUUCAGAAAGCACUUAACUGAAAACAAAACAAAAUGAAUGCAAAGUUGAAAUUUUCAAGAAUAUAGACAUUAAAAAAAAAUAAUUCAAUUUCAAGAAAACAAAUUGGAAACGAUUCAUGUGUUCUAUAUUGUACUGACUUUUUUGUCAAUGUUCACAUAAAUAGAAGUUUUGAUGAACUAUACACAUAAAAUAUUGUUUUUCUUAAUUCACAUAUCAAACAGCUCUUUUAAAGGGCGGGGUGGUUGAAUUAACAAAAGUAUAUUUAAUCUAUUUUAAAGUAACGUUUUAUUAGGUUUUACAACAAGCUUAUUCUGUAGAGAGCGCCAUGAAAUUGAUAUAUUUUUGCUGAAUCACACGCAAUAAAAAAAAUACGGAAUAAAAUACAAUAUGACUUUCGCAUUUAAGGGUGAAAUCAUUCAAAAACGUUUCGAGCAUGUUUGAAAGAACAUCUUUUCUAUUUCUUCGGUUGGAAAAGCGAGUUUUCUAAACAACUGUGUUUUACAUUUUGCUAAUUGUCAUACAAAAUAUUGUAAUACACUUUGAUCUCAAAACUAGUAUCGUCUUACAUCAUUGAUUCAUAUGCUUUUUAAUACUUGCAUUGCGAACAUUUGAUACACGUCCUUUUAGUAUGUUUUGCAUAUUCCCAUCUGUAACAUAUCAUUCAUUACAUCAUGUGUAACAGUAUAUGUUGAGUAGAGAUGAAAAAAAUUGUUC